AUGUCUGAGCGACAGAGCAUUCCAGUGUUAGCAAGUACAAUUGAAUCAUCCAGACGGUCCCCAACCGAUCUACACUCUCAGGAGCUCUCUCCACAAGACUUGAACUCCUGCUCUCCUAAAACAACACGCAAAUCAGGAAAGUACUACGAAAGUAAUGCAGGUGACGGUACAAAGAAUUCAGAACAGUAUAUCAAAGGAAUCAAGUUGGCUGUGACCCUCGUUAGUUGUGUAGCCUGCUUGUUCCUUGUAGCAUUGGACCAGACUAUUAUAGCCACCAUUUUAACACAAGUAGGUGACAAGUUCCAGGAAUUCGAGAAGGUGGGAUGGUUAACCACAGGAUUCUUUCUACCUAUAGCCUGUUUGUCGCCGUCCUAUGGGAAAAUAGGCAUAGCCUUUGGAAGAAAAUAUACUCUCCUAGUAGGAGUGAUUGUCUUUGAAAUUGGCUCGUUGAUCUCAGCAUUAGCCAACUCUAUGGGUAUGUUGAUUUCAGGAAGGGUCGUUCUGGGGCUUGGAGGAGGUUGUGUACAAGCCAUGGUAGUUUUGAUCUUGACAGAAUCUGUACCCAUAAACCUAAGACCACUUUCAUAUACUUUGCUUGGAGUUACAUUUUCAGUUGCAAGUGUUCUUGGCCCUUUUGUUGGCGGAGCCCUAGCCACACACGUUUCGUGGAGAUGGUGUUUCUAUAUCAAUCUCCCCAUUGGAGCUAUGGCUCUGCUACUUCUUAUGCUCGGAUUCCAUCCUCCAAAACCUCAUGGAAGCAUCAGACAGAAAAUGGCCAGAAUCGACUACUUGGGAACAUUCCUACUUACAACUGGGUUGGUUCUCGUAUUGCUUGCCUUGACCUUUGGUGGUAUAAGCAAUCCCUGGAACUCGGCCUUGGUGAUAUCUUUCUUUGUCGUUGGUGGAGUACUUUGUAUCGUGUUCAACAUCUGGAAUUUCGGCUUCUCCACACAUCCCAUGAUCAUUAAGGAGGUAAUCAUGGUUCCUCAGGCUGCUGCUGCUUGCAUCAAUGCCUGUUUUAAUUUUGGAUUCUUUAUUCCACUAAUGACAUAUUUGGCCGUCUAUUUCCAAGUAAUCUUUGGACAUUCAGCAUGGAAAUCGGGUGUUGAUCUCAUUCCCAUGAUCAUAUCAGUAACAUUUUCCUCGAUAUCUAAUGGUGUCUUUAUUAGAUUUUCCAGAAACGUCAAGCUUACCAUGGUGAUCUCAGGAGUAUUGGGUCCGGUCGGUACCGGAUUGCUUCUUCUAUUGAACAAACAUUCUUCUGCCAAAGAUAGGAUUGGCUUGUUGAUCGUCUCUGGUGUUUCUAUCGGGUUAUCUUUUCAAAGUUCGAUGCUAGCAGCUCAAUUGAAAGCACCACCGGACAUUGAAGGCUCAUUGAUCUCAGUCACCAUCUUUGUCAACUUUGUUAAGAACCUAGGAGCAGCGGUCUCGGUGACUAUAGCACAACUUAUUUUCCAAACAACAGGUCAGAGAUAUCUUAAUGACCUUAUUCGUAGUCUUCCACCAGACUCGAGUGAAUACAGAGAAUUAAUUCGAUACCCUCCCAAACAGGUCAUUUCAAGUCCGGAAAUCAUCAAAUCGUUUCUGGAGUCUACAAGACAAUUGGUUUUGGACCAGUUCAUGAAAUGUAUUAAGAAUGUCUUUUAUCUUGCCUUUGCAUUGUCUGUCAUUGCUAUGAUUGCUUCGUUUUUUACAACGAAUAAGAGAAUCCCCAAGCAUUCGGAUAUAGAAAGAGAUGAUGAUGGAGAUGAUGAAGAAGCUAAUGAGAUUCAAAAUGAAGAUACUGAAAGCGAUCAACUAAACGAGAACAAUAAGAUAUCCCCAGAUUCUUCGAAUGGAGAAAGCUCUUCUGGAAGCGAAACCAAGCAGGAAUUUACAGCAUAA